GACAGCUGAACUGUGUAGCUAAACAGCACAAAAAAGAAACAAUCUGCAGUUUGUUGAUUGCCGGAUCUUGUUCUUCAAGUUGAAUCUAAAAACUACCAAAAAGACUUGAAGCGUAUCAAACGAGCGAAGGAGAUCUAGAUGACAGAUUCCAAAUGGAAGCAAUCCAUUCUCUACUUGGCGUCCAUCUAUACACUUCUGUACCUCGUCCACUCCUCCAUCCUCCACAAGCUCUUGCUCGGCCACGAGAAGCUCCACAUCAAGAGAAAGCCGGUUCUUCCCCUCCGAUUUCGCCCCGACGGCACCUUCAAGAUCUUGCAGGUGGCCGAUAUGCACUAUGCAAAUGGGGUCAUGACUCGGUGCAGAGACGUGUUGCCGUCGGAGUUCGGAGAGUGCUCUGAUCUCAAUACGACCCGCUUCGUCAAACGGAUGAUUGAGUCUGAAAAGCCUGAUUUCAUCGCCUUCACGGGUGAUAAUAUUUUUGGCCCAAGCACUGCUGAUGCUGCUGAAUCUCUGUUUGGAGCCUUUGUUCCAGCAGUGGAAUCUAAGCUUCCAUGGGCAGCAAUUCUAGGAAACCAUGACCAAGAGUCUACAAUGGAUCGAGAAGAACUGAUGUCUUUUAUAUCUCUAAUGGAUUACUCAGUCUCACAGAUUAAUCCAUCUCAUGAUGAUCUAGCUACCUCGGACAUUGAUGGGUACGGAAACUAUCAUCUGGGUGUGCAUGGUCCUCCUGGCUCUAAGUGGGCAAAUAGCAGCAUCCUCAAUCUUUUCUUUCUUGAUAGUGGAGAUAGGGCAGUUGUUCAAGGAAUACGGACUUACGGUUGGAUUAAGGAAUCACAACUUCGGUGGCUAGUUGGAUUGUCUGAGAAACUCCGGGGUGGACGACUGGAGGAGACUGAUGCUUCAUUCCCAGCUCUUGUGUUUUUCCACAUUCCAAUCCCAGAAGUACGGGAGCUCUAUUACCAAAAGAUUGUGGGCCAGUUCCAGGAGGCGGUCGCUUGUUCGUCCAUCAACUCAGGGGUUUUAAAGACAUUUAUUUUGAUGAGAGAUGUGAAAGCCUUUUUCGUGGGCCAUGAUCAUACAAACGACUUCUGUGGGAACAUUGAUGGUGUAUGGGUUUGCUAUGGUGGAGGCUGUGGUUACCACGGGUAUGGUAAGGCGGGGUGGCCGAGAAGAGCUAGGGUCAUUACAGCGGAACUUGGGAAGAGUCACAGGGACUGGACCGGGGUUGAGAGGAUCAGUACUUGGAAACGGCUAGAUGAUGAGGAGCUGAGCAUGAUAGAUGAACAGGUUCUCUGGGAUUCUGGAUCAACCUCAUGAAGACAACCAGAGGUACAACUGCUUCUGAAUUGACUGUAACUGUUGCAUAUUCUUCUGUAAAAUAUUGUUGCCAAGAGUCAUGACUGUACUUCAGAAAACUCUUCUUAAAGUAUGAUAAUUGAUACUCUUUCUCAAGAGCUUCCAAAUA